UAAAUGAACGAGAAAUCGAAAUUGAACUUCGUUUUCCUCUCGAACUUCGAAGCUCCUUUUUCUGUCUGUUAGAUCGAAUGCAAAUAUCAGAUGUCAUGAAUGCCUCGGAGGAAAGAAAGCAAUCUGAAACAUUCGAAGAUAUUCUGAAGGCUCAAGAAAAUAUAUCUUUCUGGAGCUACCUGAGUACUGAACUAACCAGAGGUUAUGUGCUUGAGAAUGAUGAAGCACGUUACAUGCAGAAGAGAGAAAGAGUUUACACCUUUAUACGCAUCCCUAAAGAACUUGAAAAGAUGAUGAUCUAUGGUUUUUUCCUGUGCAUGGAUGCAUUUUUGUUCAUCUUCACGUUCCUACCACUGAGAGUAAUCAUCGCCUGUCUUCGGCUCCUCACGUUCCCUUGUUCACCAAGAGGGAGAUCUCGUUUAAAGGCAGCUGAGAUAUGUGACCUAUUGAAAGUGGUUAUCUUGGUGGUAUGCACCUAUCUUCUGGACAAACUGGACAUCUCCAUGCUUUACCAUAUAGUCAGAGGUCAAGCUGUCAUCAAAUUGUACAUCAUCUAUAACAUGUUAGAGGUUGCAGACAAACUUUUUUCAUCUGUCGGUCAGGACAUACUGGACGCCUUGUUCUGGACGGCUACAGAGAAACGAGAUAAGAAACGUGAACACCUUGGUAUCGUUCCCCACAUCCUUCUCGCCAUCAUUUAUGUCAUCCUCCAUACCAUUCUAGUCUUGUUUCAAGGUACUUGUAUCAUUGUAGCCUUCAACUCACACAACAGGGCAUUGCUGACCAUACUGCUCUCUAAUAAUUUUGUGGAGCUGAAAGGAAGUGUCUUCAAGAAAUUUGAUAAAUUCAACUUAUAUCAGAUAUCCUGCUCUGAUGUAAGGGAAAGAUACCACUACAUGGUACUGUUGUUUUUUGUGGUGCUUCGCAACAUGGCAGAAUUUUCAUGGAGUUUCGAUCAUUUCUGUAAGAUGUUACCCGAUGUUUUAAUGGUUCUGAGUGCUGAGAUACUCAUUGACUGGGUCAAGCAUGCUUUCAUCAGUAAAUUCAAUGCUCUGCCAGCAUCUACCUACACAGAGUUUAGAGCCAGCCUUGCAUAUGAUAUGGUUAUUAGCAGAAAGAAAAAUGCUUUCUCGGACCAUUCAGAUCUGGUUGCUAGGAGGAUGGGCUUCAUCCCAUUACCGCUCGCUUGCGUGGUGAUAAGGAUUAUUAGACAGACUGUGAAACUAGAUUGGAACACAGCAGUGGUUCUCAUUAUAUUCCUGUAUCUAUGCUUGGUAGCAUUCAAGAUCCUACUGAGUAUAAUCCUCAUGGGCAAGGCAUGUCUGUAUGUCAGGGAGGCUGGUCUAAUGGAACAAUUACUCAAAAAGAAGUCGGACCCUUCUAACACUACCACCUCCACCCCCACCUCAACUCCAGCACCACCUUCAAAAUCAGCAUCGGAACCUCACAAGCAAAUGACCACACCACCGACAAUAGCAGACCUAAGGGUUCCAUCGGUGGAUCCCGCCAUGGUGGCACCUAUAUCACCCACAACGCUACAGUCCUUGACCUCGGCACCGCUGCUCGCAUCCGACAGCAGUAUCGGUGUUCUCUCAAGACAUGUGGAAGCCGGAGAAGCCGUUCGGAGACCAAAAGGAGCCUUCACACCUAAAGCCCAACCGACGGAUAUCUCCCAGAUUGAUAGAUAUACGCUGUGUGGGAAUAGAAUUGUAUAAUUAUGGUAUAUGAUCAAAUGUUUCUUUGUUUUAUAUUUAUAUAACUAUUUAUUAUAUUUUCCUCUCAUUACUAUGAUGUUGUGAUUAUCCACCUGUUUUCCAAUGGCCUUACAAAUUUGAACAAGUUGAAAUGAAGAUUUGUCUAUUGUGGGUAGGCUUAUACAUGUAUGAGGGUAAUGGAAAAAAAGAGAGAGAUCAAAAGAGAGAAAGAGAGAGAGAAAAGGAAAUGUAAGAAGCAUUUGAAGAGAUGCUAUGGUGCUAUUUUGGUUUCAAGCAUAAUGGGGAGAUUUCAAAUACAAUGUUCGCCACCCCCCCCCCCCCCUCUAAUUCUAUCUACAAACCUUGUGCUUGCUAAUGCUUGAGUACUGUUCAGCAUUUCAUAUUCUCAACACUAACACUCCACUUAUAAUCACCUGUUGUGUGUGAUGGUGUUACACUAUCUUAUCAUUGCACCAUGAAAAUUCUUUAUUGGAAUGGUUGAAAUUACCUUUUUUGUUUUGUUUUCAUGGCAUGAGAUGAGUCUACUGGUGGGCCAGACCCUGAUUAAAACUUUAACAAGUGGGUCUUUACACAAGACUAGUACAUCUUUAAAGUCUAGUUCAUCUUUAAAGUCAAGU